UUGUUCACUGCAGCAGCGCGACUUUCGAGCUCUCGUUAAAAAUUGUCAACAAACCACACAGAAGUUUGUACAUGGUCCUCAAAGCAGAAGCACUGAGCAGUGUCACUGUUAGAGCACUGGACAAUACAAGUGAAAGAUGGUUCAAGACAAUACUCAGAUUCGGCGSCAGGGUGCCCACGACUUCAUGGCAUACUAUGACUUUGCCUGUGCCAGACAGGACUCUGUUCCUCUGCCUUCUGUUAAGAUGAACCUUCACAAAGGAAUGCUGGACUUUAAUGGAGACAGGCUCAAAUUAAUAGACUGGCCACCAGUCCUCCAUUCCAUAGCCAUCAACAAGCACCUGCACCACAUUGCAAUAAGCAGCACAUUCCAAGCUAGUUUAGCUUCUGGAGAUGCAGAUAAAAGAUACCUCAAGCCAGCCUUCAAAAGGAAGAUCCCAGCCAUUCGCUCUAAGGAUAUGACAUUUAAACUGUGCAAAGCACUGAGGGAGUGCCUGACUGUCUCUCCCAACCUCAAGACUCUACAACUAAAUGGACUUCCGCUAAGAGAGAGGGACCUCAUCACUUUGACAAAAGGUUUGGCAAAAAGCUCUGUGUUGGAAGACUUGUCUCUGGCUAACUGUCCGAUCUCUGAUGAGGGCUUGGAGAUCAUUUGCCAAAGCGUGAAGUAUUCCACAAAUAUUAGGACAAUAGAUUUCACAGGGUGCAGUCUUACAUGGAGAGGGGCUGAGCACAUGGCCAAUAUUAUUAAGCAUCAGGGAAUGCAGAGACAUGGCACUGCGUGGGCAGAGUCCCUGAGGUACCGGCUGCCACAGUUCGAGGGAAUGGGAGGUCUGCGUCGCGUCACUCUGAACUCCAACACUUUGGUUGGGGAUCGAGGAGCAGCUGUUCUUGCACAUGAGUUGGCUGAAGACCUCUGGGUUAAAGCUGUGGAUCUACAGAGGUGUGGUCUGUCCAAUGCAGGAGCUCGUCGUUUGCUGGAGGCACUGAAAACAAAUUCUUCUCUGUGCGUGCUGGAUAUUCGUAGUAACCCUUUAGUCGACAAAGUCCUCAUUAAAACUGUGAUAGAAAAGGUUCUGAUGAAUGCAGGUCAGUCACCUGAGUACUGCUGGAUCAAACCCAAAUCCACUGAGUCGCCAAGAAUGUCUGGACCAAAACAGCGAGCCACGUCCAGGACAGUGAAGAGAAGAUCCUUAUCUAAAAAGGCGUGCAGCUACAGUCAAGGUCACCGUGGAGUCAGACUCAGUGGAAGAAGAGGACAGUGAUGAAGAUGGAGAAGUGUUGGUGGAAGCAGAGCAGAGACCGUCUUCUCUUCCUCUCCAGGACAGGACCACGGGACGACAUUUUGAGCGAGUUCAGAUGGAGCUGAAAGAGUGUCGCCUGAGGCUGGCAGAAGAGCGCAGRGCACGACUUAAAGCUGAGUCGAGGCUUACAGAAUAUGAGCUGGAGAAUGCCCGACUUCGUGAUGCCAACCGUUCUCUGUCAGAAGCUCUUUCAGUCGUUGGCUCUGCAGCUGCWCCGCCUGCUUUCAGCGCUCUGGAAGACGAGGCGGUCCUCGAGAGCAUCGAGAGCUCGUUUAAUAAGUUCCAUGCCUUCCUGGAUCUCCUCAAGGAUGCUGGCUUAGGUCAGCUAGCUUCAAUGGCAGGAAUUAACACGUCAGAUUUCCAGCCUCUGGGUAAACCUCAGCUCUCCUCUACGAUGGGACCACAUCUGGACGGCGCAGCACCUCUGGCCGUCGGGGCGUUCGGGGGUGUUCAGGCAGAGGCUGAUGCUGCCUCUUUGGUGCCUAAUCUCCCUGGUGGAGCAGUAAACAGCCCCACUCACAGGUCUCCACCUCCUCUCAGGGAACUCGUACGYAAAGACCGACUACUAGAUGUGACCUUUAGUCCUGCUGCAACAGAUAGACCAGACCCUGUUGUGGAUGAAGAAGGGGAGCAUCAAUAUUUAAGGCCUGAUAUUCAGCCGGACUCAGGGUCUGAGCUAAGUUUCCGUAGCAACAAGUCCCUCGAUAACAUCGUCUCCUUUGAGAAAACCUUCCAGACCCAACCGACGAGCCGGUGGGGUGAAACCACAUCUCAGAGAAGCAGCAGUUCCCRUGGAAACGGCUUCGACAACAGUCACGUCGCCCAGAGCAACGGGACUCACGGCGGAUCGCCUGACAGCCUGAGUGAGAUUGUUAGCGACAGGGCAGAGUCUGUGGGGUCAGCGGGGUCAAGAGGCCGUGGAAUGGGAAGGCUGGUGACAGUCAGCCAGUCGGGGUCAAAAGGGUCUGAGAGAAAAACCUCUCCUGGGAGGGCUGCUCUGAAACACACCAGGUCUCCGUGGGGUCGCUCAGACGAUGAGUCCUGAUCAAACUACCAACUCAUGAUGACACUUCUGUGAUUUUUACUCACUUUCUGUUUUUAGGUAGAGGAUUAGUUUUUAUAGGACACCUCCGAUGUGUUUCAGUAUUUGAUUUGAUUUUUUAGAGUUGAGCAGGAGAAGCAGUGACUUUAGAGACUUUGUUUACACUUAAAGUGCGAUAAGAAAUGUUUUGGUUUACAAAACCUCAAACAAAUCUGAGUUCAUAUUUGUUGUCAUCCAGAUUAUUGUCGGAGCAAUCUAAACGUUAUCCAGCAGUUUAAUAAAAUUCACUGCUUGUUGAAAAGA